AUGGAGAUGAUAAAAGAUGCAAAGGCAUGGAAGGUGAAGUGGCCCAGAAGAGCAGCUCAUCCUCUCCUAAGCUGUGAGGACCAUUUUGGGUUUGAAGGUUCCCCCCGAGGCUUAGUGCUGCCUUGUGUUUGCUCCUCUCCCUCCCAGCUGCCUCCCGCCCUGGACAAGUACAAGAGCAUCUAUCGCAAGGACUUCUGCUGGCACGACGAUUAUCACUCGCCCAUCCAGGCACACGUACCGGCGCCUUCAUACCCUCCUCUGGGAGACCUGCCCAAGUGCUACCUGCCAGAGUGCCAGCCCUCUGACCUGUCCCCAAGAUGGGCAGGGAAACUGGAGAUUCUUGCCGAGCCCGUGCACGACCUGAGCUGCCUCUCGCCCCUUCCACCUCCUGCUCCAGCAGAUGAAACUGAGGAAGGAGAGUCUGGUCAAGCAGCUCAGACAGAUGUGUCUCCAUAUGGACUCCACUUACCCCCGAGGGCUGCAGAGAUCUCCUUGCCAAGCCCAUCUGAAGGGGUGUUGGAGCCGAGGGAGCCACCACCCUCAAACACGAUCACCUACCAGCAGUUUGCCCAGGAUUUGUACAAGGAGGUGCUGUCCAAUGCUGAUAAAUACAAAACCAAGAACCGGAGCUCGUGUAUUUUAUUGCAAGACUGCUCUGACCUUGAUUGGAAAAGUAUCUACAAGCAGGAUUUUGAGCCCCGGAGAGGAAUCCAUGCUGGCCUGUACACAGAGGAGAUAAGGCCUUCUCCCAUUUUCCCUGAGGAUUUCCGCUUCAAUGAGAGCCGCUGGGUGACUGAGUAUGGAGACAGCUACAGCAUCUUCCUGAAGAGGCUGGACUGGUCCUCUCCCAUCUCUGCCCAGUGGCUGCCCUUCGGGAAGGAUGCGCGAUGGACGCCGCGAUGGAAACUGGCUGGCAACUGAGUGCUGCCAAGGUGGCUGUGGAUGCGUUACCUGUGUUGUUCUUUUAGGAUGUGUACCUAUGUUGAUUACAGCUCUUUGGCCCUCCAAGCUGCCUGUGUGAAACUGCUCAUCAGAGACCCUGAAAGCCUUGGAAACCUCGUCACUACCAACCCCACCACCGUGUCUGUCAGAUGUGAAAUGUUUGGCAAAGACUUCUUUAAGUGCAAGUUAUGAUUAAAAUCUCCCAUGAACCUCA